CACAGAAUGCAGUUGUAGGAGGACAGUGGGUAGAACAGGGUACUUAGAAAAGGAAUAUUUGACUAUGAAGGAUUAUGACACCACUGUUGCUUUCUUGGGUCAGUGGGGACGUUUCCAGCAGAUCGUCUUCCUCCUGCUCUGUUCCACCAUUGUGCCCAAUGGAUUCGGUGCUUUUACCCUUAUUUUCCUGACUGACGUACCGAGUCACCAAUGCCUGGUAUCUGACAUCAACAUUACAGAAGACUGGCGUAAAAGUAUCAUCCCAGUGAAGGUGGUGAAUGGGAAACAAGAACUGAGCAGAUGUAGUAGAUACAGGCUGGAUGUGGUCCGAAAUCUCUCUGCUCAGGGCUAUGUUCCUGACAGGGAUGUAAACCUCACUGACCUGGAGCAGGAGGGCUGUGUGGAUGGGUGGAGCUACAGCAAAGACGUUUACCAGUCUACCAUAGUGUCUGAGUUUGACCUGGUGUGCAGUGAGCAAUGGAAGCAGCCGUUUACCACCUUAAUUUUCUUCGUGGGAGUUUUUUUUGGAUCGUUCUUCUCAGGACAGCUGUCCGACAGAUAUGGAAGGAAACCUGUUCUUUUUGCAACCAUGGCAGUGCAAACAAUUUUUACCUUUGCUCAAGCCUUUUCGACUUCGUGGAUUAUGUUUAUCAUCUUACUCUUCAUCAACGGUUUAUCACAGAUAAACUAUCUAGCUGCUUUAGUGCUGGGCGCUGAGGUUUUGACUGGAAAUGUACGCGUCUUUUACGCAUCCUUGGGUUCAUGUUUAGCCUUUGCCAUUGGCUACAUGAUUCUCCCUCUGCUGGCUUACUUUAUAAGGAACUGGAAAUAUCUCUUGUAUGCUUUGUCUGUGCCUAGUGUGGUCUAUAUCCCCCUCUGGUGGUUUCUCCCAGAGUCUCCUCGGUGGUUGGUUUCUCAAAGAAGAGUGGAGGAGGCUGAGGCCAUAGUGAGAAAGGCUGCUAGGUGGAACAAAGUUCAAGCUCCAACGGUCAUCUUUGAAGAUUGCAAUGUAAACAAAGCAGAGACACACUUGAAGGAACAAUACACUGUCCUGGAUCUGCUGAGGCAGAGCAGCAUCAGAACCACAACACUCAUCCUCUGCUUGGUGUCGUUCACUGUUUGCGCAGGCUACUAUAGUCUGUCCUUCAAUACAGCCCAGCUCCAUGCUGACCCCUACAUCAGCUGUCUUCUCUCAGCAAUCGUGGAGGUUCCAGCAUACAUUUCCAGCUGGGUGGCUUUGCGAUACUUUCCACGGCGGCUGUCUGUAAUUGGUUGCUUCCUGCUUGGAGCAGUGCCACUGUACUUUAUUCAACUGGUGCCAGAAGAUCUAUCAAAUCUGUCUCUUACACUGGAGUUGGUGGGCAAAUAUGCUUUUACAACUGGUUCCUCCCUGAUGUUUGCCUACGUCGCAGAGCUUUACCCAACAGCACUAAGGAACACAGCGACAGGGAUAUGCAUGGCUGUUUCCAGAGUGGGAAGUUGCAUUUCCCCUUUUGUGUUAAAUUUGAGUAUAUAUUUUAAGUACUUGCCUUAUAUUAUUUUGGGAACGAUGGCUGUUAUGUCUGCCUUUGCCACUCUGUUCCUUCCGGAGAGUUUUAAACAACCGCUACCUGAAACUAUCCAACAAAUGGAAGAAAGAGAAAGGAUAAAAUGUCCAUGCACCACUAGAAAUAAGACUCCACCACCUGUGGUGUUGGACAGUCCAAGGUGGCCCAGCACCAAUCACGUUCUUUGAGGCACCUUCCUGCCAAGUCUGUGACGGCUUAGGGCUGUCCCACUGUCAAAUCAUCAAGUUUAUGGUGUGGUCUUUUCAACACAAUUAUCGAUCCUCUCUGUGAGUCUGUAUGUCUGCAGGCUUUCCUAAGCCCCUCACAUAAUGUACCCAUGGAUGGUGCAAGGAAGAAGUCAACCAGAAAGAAUAACUGUAAGUGACAGCAUCUGAUGUGGUCAUUUAUUGCACAUUUUUAGAGUUGUUUGUACUUUCAGUCAAAUGUAGGAUCUACAGGUGUUCAUGGAUUUUCUGUCUUUGGGUUGUUUGCUAUGCUGUAUAAACACUGUCACAAACAGGGAGGGAUUAUCUGAGCAGCUGGUCAGCUACGAAUGAGACAAGAUUCUGUUUACAGUUCUUAAUGUUUGAAUUAUUCUUAUUUUGUUUUUAUUAGGUUAUUUAAGGUGUUUUUUAUUAUUUAAGGUUUUUUUUUUUAGUUUUACAUUUGAGCGAUUUGUUUUUGUCUCAUUUAUGCAUUUAUAUAUCGAUUUGUGUCAUUAAUUGUUUGUAAGGAAUGUUUUUAAGAGGCUUGCAAAUCUCUCAUUGAUGAAAACCAUGUAACAAAUGUUUAUAUUCCAUAGAUUAAAUAUAUAACUCCUUUCAUAAAUACAUUUGAAUCUCAUGUGUGCAUUCAUAUACAGUACAAUAUGUUGUUUUUAAUGUAAAAACACAAAUACUUAGAUGGCUGUUAAUAAAUGUUUCAGUAGUCAAGCAAAA